GGCACACCUGAACACAGCGAGCCUCCCUCAGUGUCUCUCCUCCAGAAGACUCCCUCCUCUCCAGUCAGCUGCCACGCUACAGGUUUCUACCCUGACAGAGCCACGAUGUUCUGGAGGAAAGAUGGAGAGGAGCUUCAUGAGGACGUGGACCACGGAGAGAUCCUCCCCAACAACGAUGGAUCCUUCCAGAUGAGUGUUGACCUGAAUCUUUCAUCAGUCACACCUGAAGACUGGAGGAGGUACGACUGUGUGUUUCAUCUCUCUGGUGUGAAGGACGACAUCAUCACCAAACUGGACAAAGCAAAGAUCAGAACCAACUGGGUUGAUUCCAGUAACAUCACCAUCCUGAUGGUUGUUCUUGCUGUCGUCCUCAUUGCUGUUAUUGGAUUUACUGUUUACAAAAAGAAGAAAGCCAAACAACCUCAAACUCCUCCUGUCAACAGCUCUGAGCUCUCUGAGAGACUGAAUCCAGAAACAACACAACACCCUGCACCAUAGACUGAAUAAAAGCCGUGCGCAAAGUCCCGUCAUGUGG